AUGGCAGCCAGAGGGGUAAAGAGGGGUCCCCAGUCGCUGCUCUAUGGGGGAGUGAAGGACACCUACGAGGACAGAGACAGUGAUCUUCUCUGCCCUAUCUGCUUGGAUAUGAUGUCGGAACCGUACGUGACGACGUGCGGCCACAGCUUUUGUCACGGAUGCAUCAUCAGAAGCCUGGAGUUAGCCAGCAAGUGUCCUAAAUGUGGUGGGCCGCUCGACAACAGUGGUCGCAAUCCAUCCGUUUUCCCCAACGUAACUCUGAAUGCCUUAAUAGCCAAAGAGAAGAAGAGAGUCGCCGGUAGUCAAGAUGGAAACCUUGUGUUGAAAGAUUUCACUACGUUGUUAGACAAACGGGAAUGGCACCCGUCAGAACUCGUUCGUAUGCAAGAAGUUCUGCUGCGUAAGCAAUGCGACGUUGAUGCUGAACGAAAGUUGACUGAGGCGAAACUACUUGGUGAAUUCCUGGAACAACUCAAAGCAAAAAAAAACAAUGAGUUGAGGAAUGUCCAGCAAGAGCUAGAAGUACUUGACAAGGACUUGCAAACGGCGCAAACCCUGUAUCCAGGCAAGGAGUUGGCAAAAGAGAAGGAAGAAAAUAAUGAAGAGAAAAUGCAAUUUAACGAAACAGCUUUCAAUUCCACUCUCACUCCUACCCCAUUAAGCAUCGCUCAGCGUCGAGUGCGAAUGCACCAACAUUUUGAAGAUUUGGAAGAGAAAUAUUGGGCUUUGCGGAAUAACAGUUUCGGUGGGGAUGGCGAGGAAAGGGAAAGUUUACUUGAUUUCCAAUCUAAUUUGAAUCAACUCACACGAUGGAGCAAACUGAGGCCUCUAGCGAAUCUGAGCUACGGAAGCGAACUGCUCAACACGGCGCACAUCGUCAGUUCGAUCGAAUUCGAUCGAGACGCGGACUUUUUCGCCAUUGCCGGCGUGACGAAGCGAAUCAAAGUCUACGACUACGCGGUGGUCGUCCGCGACGCCGUCGACCUUCAUUACCCGGUCAUGGAAAUGGUGGCCGGCUCCAAGAUCUCGUGCAUCUCGUGGAGCGCUUACCACAAGUCGGUGCUGUGCAGCUCCGACUACGAAGGCAGCGUCUCGGUCUGGGACGCUUCCGUCGGCACUCGCCUUCGCGUCUUUCAAGAGCACGAGAAACGAUGCUGGAGCGUCGAUUUCAAUCGGAUGGACAGUCACCUGAUGGCCAGCGGCAGCGACGAUUCUCGGGUCAAGAUCUGGAGUCUCAAUGCGGAACAUUCAGUGGCGACUUUGGAGGCUAAAGCCAACGUUUGCUGCGUCAAAUUCAAUCCUUACUCGCGCUACUGCCUGGCGUACGGCGCGGCGGAUCAUUGCGUCCACUACGUGGAUUUGCGGCAACCCAAGGAACCGCUUCGGGUGUUUAAAGGCCACCGCAAGGCCGUGUCGUAUGUCAAGUUCCUCAGCGACCGAGAACUGGUGUCGGCCAGCACGGACAGCCAACUGAAACUGUGGUCAGUGGACGACAACGUCUCAUAUCGUUCAUUCCGCGGACAUACGAAUGAGAAGAAUUUUGUUGGCCUGUCAACAACGGACGGCAGCAAAGACGAUCGACGUGAUUUAAUUGCUUGCGGUUCGGAAAACAAUGCCCUUUAUCUUUACUCAAAGGGUUUGAGCCAGCCUUUACUUCACUAUCGUUUCGACGUGGUUAAAAGUGCUUUACUGGUCGAUAAAGAACGCGCCGAACAAGAGGAAAGUGCUGAGUUUGUUUCGGCCGUGUGCUGGAAACCCGACUCGAAUGUCAUUGUCGCUGCCAACAGCCAGGGAACGAUCAAGAUUCUCGAACUGGUUUAGGAUCAAUUUUUUUUUCGUGAAAUUCCGUCAUCGAUCGAUCGCCACGACUUGUUUUCAUUUGUCCAUUUUACAUAGUGAGCUGUGACUUGUGUAUGUGUUCUGCCAAAAAGUGAUUCCCGUAUUGUGCCUCCUAUUGAUCAAGCAUUUUCAUGUUACAAUACAGUUCUGACUUUUUUCUUGUGA